AGCGCGCUUGCCCACGGACCCCAGCACAUUUGGAAACCUUAUUUCGGUGCCAACAGAGAGGAAACUGGGGGAGGUCAAAAAAGUUCAGGUGAUGUGCUGCGUCAGAUGUGCAGGGCAUCAAUGAUUUUUGACUAUUUUGGUGGCCUCGUCGCGCCUGCAUGACCCGCGGGGAUUUAAAGCAGCGGCCUUCUGUCCAUACUGCUGUAAGACUCAAAAAUGCCAGAGUGAAAAUGGGAGACUGGAACUUCCUUGGCGGGAUUUUGGAAGAGGUGCAUAUCCACUCCACUAUGGUGGGAAAGAUCUGGCUGACCAUCCUCUUCAUAUUCCGCAUGCUGGUGCUUGGGGUGGCGGCCGAGGAUGUGUGGAAUGAUGAACAGGCUGACUUUAUCUGCAACACCGAGCAGCCUGGAUGCCGCAACGUGUGCUAUGACAAAGCAUUCCCCAUUUCCCUUAUCCGCUAUUGGGUGCUGCAGGUCAUUUUUGUGUCUUCACCUUCACUUGUGUACAUGGGCCAUGCCCUCUACCGCCUCCGUGCCCUUGAGAAAGAGCGACAGCGCAAAAAGAUGGCACUGAGACGUGAACUUGAGGCCGUGGAUGUGGAGUUGGCAGAAGUUCGGCGCAAAAUAGAACGUGAGCUUCGGCAGAUUGACCAAGGGAAGCUGAACAAAGCUCCGUUGAGGGGGUCCCUUCUGCGCACCUACGUGGCUCACAUAGUCACCCGCUCUGCCGUAGAAGUGGGCUUCAUGACCGGACAAUAUGUUCUGUAUGGGUUUCGACUAAAUCCGCUGUACAAAUGUGAGCGUGAGCCCUGCCCCAAUUCGGUGGAUUGCUUUGUAUCUCGUCCCACUGAGAAAAGCGUUUUCAUGGUGUUCAUGCAAUGCAUAGCUGCCAUCUCACUGUUUCUCAACAUCCUAGAGAUCCUCCACCUGGGCUACAAAAAGCUUAAAAAGGUUAUUUUGAACUACUACCCGCAGCUGAGGGAUGAUCCUGAUGACAGCUACUAUCUCAACAAGCUGAAGAAAGAUUCUGUGGUCCAUCAGACGUGCAUCGGGACCUCAACUGGCCGCAAGGCCACCAUUGCAUCUGCACCCAGUGGAUACAACCUUCUGCUCGAGAGACCACCUGAUGGAACCGUCUACCCCCCUUUGAUCAACCCAUCCUCUGCUUUCUUGCCCGUUCAGGGUGAUUUGCCAGCUAAAAAUGGUUCAGAUGCACCAAAGUACUCACAACACAGUCCCACAGAGCACAACAGCAAUUCCAAUAACACCAGCAGUGACACGCGCUCGCCACCUUGCAACUCCGUCACGCCGCCAAAGCAAGAAGAGGGGGAAGAUUCUGUCCACCCACCACCUUCGCACAAGAAAGGGCAGGAGUCCAAGACUCCAGACUCAUCGAGCCACCACAGAGAAUCUUCUUACUCAUCAUCUGGCAUUGGAAAGAAGCCAUGGAAGGCCAGCGCAUCACGGAACUGCUCAACGGUUGUAGAAGGCAAUGGCUCAGACUCGGAUUCCCUGGAAGGCGCUAAAGCCCGCUGUCCCUACGCCGCUGUGCGGGCACGUACUUUGUCCAGGUCCGAUUCCAAGCGGAGCAGGCCCACCUCUCCAGAUUCAAUAGAAGAAUCCAGCUCUGAGUCCCGGCAUAGUCCACGAGCAUCACCAAGCCAUCGUGCCUCAUUGGCCAGCAGUUCCAGUAGCAGGCGAGCUGCUCCCACAGACUUAAAGAUAUGAGAAAAACUCACAGAUGGUAACCAUAUAAUUUUUGUAGCCAUAAAUUGAUAGAAAUGGACCAGAGUGACUGUAAGGUUAACAUCUACAGCUUUGAUGUUAGCACGGAAGCAAUCUCAGACUGAAAUUUUAUAUUCAACUUUAUAGAGUGGUAACACUCCUUAUGGAUUGUUUACACUCUCAUUUUAUACAUAUCAAUUCAGCAGUACACACUGACAGUAUACUUAAUUAACAAUAGUAGUAUGACUACAAUACAGGAAAUGGAUUGUGCGUUUGAUUAUGUAUGCCUUGUUCUCAUCUGGACAUUUCUAUUUUUAAGUGCUUCUUGCAACAGAAGUCAAAAUGGUGUAAUGGUUAAAAAAAUCCCAAUUUAACAACAUAGAGCUGAAUUUAGAUCAGCAGUAAAAAAAAAAAAUCUGCAAAAAAAGCAAAUAUAUUGUAAAAAAACACUGUUCUAUCUGCAUGUCUUAUUACAGCUAAAUAAACUGAUCUGCAAUCA